GAGACAGGCAAGGUUCUUACCCCAGUCCUCAACAACUUGGGACACUUGAACCUUACCCUUCGGAAUCGCGGUUCAAUCUCCAUGGGCAAGCUUGUCGCAAUUCAAUGGGUUCCAAAUCCAAACAAGAAGACGAAGGUCAGACACAUUGACGGUGACAAGCUCAACAACCGUAAGGAGAACCUCGAGUGUUUCUAA